AUGCCAUCGGACACAACCAAUCUCAAUGACAAUUCAAUGAGCUGGUCGACGGAGGACCGCAAGUCUUCUCUUGGCCAAUGUAUUGCUUCAUCUCAGCACAUCUUGGCACUAUUGGGUGCUGGCCUCUCCGCAUCGUCUGGAUUGCAGACAUUUACGGGCAAUGGCACUUUAUGGAGGACGUAUCAGACGAAAAGCAUGGCGACAAAAUCUGCUUUCGCUUGGAAUCCAGUCUUGGUAUGGCAGUUCUAUGAAGACAGGCGCCAGAAAGCUAUCGCUGCACCUCCAAACCCCGGCCACUUUGCGCUUGCGAAACUGGCAGAAAGUAAAGAACAUUUCUUUGCUAUUUCUCAGAACAUCGAUGGGCUAUCUGAGCGGGCAGGUCACGAUCUUUCAAAACUCGCACCCAUCCACGGGUCUCUACUCACUACUACCUGCGCCCAACCAGGAUGCUCGUUUGUCAGCUGGAACGGCAGUGCGCUGCCAACCGUUCCAGCGCUGAGUUUGCCACCUGGUGACAUUACAGAUGCAGCCGUGGAGCUUCCCGACGUCCGAAUAGAUGAUCUUCCUUUGUGUCCAAAGUGCAAAUAUGGAUUGCAGCGACCAGGAGUCGUCUGGUUCGGAGAGCAGCUGCCACAGGAACACCUCACACGAACAGAUGAAUGGCUUGAAUCAGUCCCUAGUGUUGACCUGUUGCUGGUAGUAGGAACGUCUGCGCGCGUGUUUCCCGCGGCAGAAUACAUACACAGGGCAAGAGCCAAAGGAGCUUCGGUAGCCUUCUUCAAUCUUGAGCAGGACGAUGAUCUCAUUGAAGCAGGUGACUGGUUCGUCCCGGGGGACGUAGCGACGACUCUUCCGCGCAUUGUGGCAGAGGCUUUGGAUUUGCCUCAAGCUGCUGCCAACACUCUGUAA